GAAGAAGCUAGAACAUCACUUUUCGUCACUUCCCGUUUUAUGUUCGUGUGAGAAAUAUUCCGUGGAAAUAUCCUCCUCUUGCCGCCUGUCUUUUGUGUUUUCAAUAUCGAACUAUCGGGAUUGUAAUUCUCAACUACGAAUCGUGUCGAGUAAGCGACUAGAGCCACCAUGCAAAUCUUUGUGAAGACUCUUACAGGCAAGACCAUCACUCUCGAGGUCGAAGCUUCUGAUACAAUAGAAAAUGUAAAAGCCAAGAUCCAAGACAAAGAGGGAAUUCCUCCGGAUCAGCAGCGUCUGAUUUUCGCCGGCAAACAGUUGGAAGAUGGCAGAACUCUUUCCGACUACAACAUCCAGAAGGAAUCCACGCUUCAUCUGGUUCUGCGUCUUCGAGGAGGCAUGCAGAUAUUUGUCAAAACUCUCACAGGCAAGACUAUUACUCUCGAAGUCGAAGCUUCUGACACGAUAGAAAAUGUAAAAGCCAAGAUCCAAGACAAAGAGGGAAUUCCUCCGGAUCAGCAGCGUCUGAUUUUCGCCGGCAAACAGUUGGAAGAUGGCAGAACUCUUUCCGACUACAACAUCCAGAAGGAAUCCACACUUCAUUUGGUUCUGCGUCUUCGAGGAGGUAUGCAAAUAUUUGUAAAGACUCUCACAGGCAAGACCAUCACCCUCGAAGUCGAAGCUUCUGACACAAUAGAAAAUGUAAAGGCCAAGAUCCAAGACAAAGAGGGAAUUCCUCCGGAUCAGCAGCGUCUGAUUUUCGCUGGCAAACAGUUGGAAGAUGGCAGAACUCUUUCCGACUACAACAUCCAGAAGGAAUCCACACUUCAUUUGGUUCUGCGCCUUCGAGGAGGUAUGCAAAUAUUUGUGAAGACCCUCACGGGUAAAACCAUCACCCUCGAAGUCGAAGCUUCCGACACAAUAGAAAAUGUGAAAGCCAAAAUCCAGGAUAAAGAGGGAAUUCCUCCGGAUCAGCAGCGUCUGAUUUUCGCCGGCAAGCAGCUAGAAGAUGGUAGAACCCUUUCAGAUUACAACAUUCAGAAGGAGUCAACACUGCAUUUAGUCUUGCGACUUCGUGGAGGCGAAUCCUUUAAGCCGAAGUUCAGGAAUAUUACUAGUACUAUGUAGUAAAUUAGUACCUGUAGUAAUAUAAAGCCAGCGACACACGAUGCUUGUUUUCGUGUUCGAUUGCUUGCUAGAUAGAAAUAUUGCGUUCUGGUUGGUGCAUUUCCAAAAAUGAAUGAUAAUACACCAAUUAAAAUGCAGUAUUUCCAUCCAGCAAACAAUCCAGCACGAAAACAAGCAUCGUGUGCCGCUGGCUUAAUGCAAUAUUUCUUUUUUUGUUAUUCUUUUAAAUUUAUGCUUAAAAUUGAUAUUCACAGAUAUGCAUAUUAAUUCAUUUUAUCUUUGAAAUUAUUCCCGCAUUACAAGAACGACGUGUGCGACAAGAAUGUAGGAAGUUGUAGUCCGUGCAGAUAUAAAAACCGUAUGCAUUCUUGUACAGCACUGAAGCAUUAAAUAUCGUAUUCAAAACAA